AAACACACUGCCGCCGUGUUUUCAGUUGAGAUCGCGAGCGUCCCGGAGAGAGACGUCGGUUUCCCGAUUUACUCGAUUAUCCCCACAGUGUCAGUCAGUCAGUAGGCCCAAAAACCUACAUAGCUCUAUAUAGUGGCAGAAUCAGUAGAAUAGAGAAGAGGGAGGCUUUUUUUUAUUUUGUAGUCAUCGUCGCUGUCGUCGUUGUCGCGUGUCCACCUCCUCCCAUCGUCGAGUGUCUGUGCGUUUGACAGAGUGCGUGCUUUGGUGCAUCCAAAUAAAAGUAAGCUCGGUCGUCGGAAAAACUUGUCGUGUGGUUCUUCUGGUUACCGGAGCGCAAUGUGUACGGUUAAUGAUUUUAACGCUUGAGAAGAAGUUUUCCCCGCACGAAUGCCUACCAGUCGUCGAUUGAAGAAAGAGGAAAAUUGGUGAAAAUUCUCAGUGCAUGAAAAAAAAUAGAAGGAAAGGUUCUUCACACGUCACGGGAGGCUCCAUGUUCUGUAUUUUGGUGUUUGCUUUGUGUGUCGGUGAAUUUUAGGUUCAACUGAAUGAGAGUGUCAGUCUAUUGCUAGGAAAGGAGCGAAGAACUACGUUCAGUGAUUGGAAAAGAAGGGAUUGCUGUUCUUUCCUAGUGGGAGAGGGAAAAAGAACGGAAAUGUACUCCACCAACCAGUUGCAGCAGGCGGCCGGGCGUCGCCACGAGUAACAAGUUCGAGCUCCUACCCCGCUUCCACACACAACGCCUACUGCCAGUUGCGUUUGGAGACAUUGUCGUCUGUGCCUAUUGGCAUAAUAAAAAAAAUCCAACAUAAAGAGUAACCACCAUGGAACAGUAGUUGUGUCGGUACCGUGCCGUCGUCUUCAAUGAGCCGUCAUAAGAAGCUUCAACGCCGGCAGCAACAAGCAAGGUACCUUGACGUCGGUGCACCGGUGGGACUUGACAUUCGUCGAAGAAGCUCCCCAUAGGUAGCACACACAAAAAAGUGCCAUGCUCCACUUGCACCCGACAGCAGCAACCUCGUAGAAGGUUUUCCGUCGCGACAAUAACGUCUGCUGUCACCGUGCGGGACAUAUUCGCGGACAAGGUCUGCGUGUAAUUCGGGGCUUCGCAGAAUAGUAGAAGCAGCAGCAGCAGCGGAAGCGUGCGCUUCCUAUACUUGUGGAUAUGAUGGCGGACUCAACGGUGGUGACCCCCAGCGGAAGCACCGGCAAACGUUCUCGACUGAAUCUAGAAUCCAAAUGUUCCUCGCUGCGGAAGCACCUCAGCAAGUCGGCAUCGGAGCUGAGCUGUAACGAUUGCGGAGGUGCCGGAGACUCGCCGCAGUCCUCACCGCAGAGGGCGCGCAGUGCCGUCAAUCCCAGCAUACAGCAGGGUGUCAUCCAGCGGACGCAUGGUUUCUUCAACACGUUAAGGAAUCGGUGGUCCCGCGGACGAAGUAAAGAACGGAUACGAGGUUCCUGUGGACAGGAGCUGGAACGACGCGACAGCCAGAGUGACUACGCAGCGGACAACAGUUCCGAACAUAGUAGUUCGGCCACCCCCCAAACGCAAUCCCCCCGGCACCGGGCACUAACGAUAGGAGAUUCUCCCCUGGCGCGACCAAACGAAAGGAAUGCCUCGAUGAGCUCUGACGGAAACGCCCAGAAGCUGACGACCAAAGUAGAUGUAGAACCUAGCACCAGUAGUAACAUAGUGACGGCAGCAGUAGCGAAACUAAUCAACGAUGUUCCCACCACGAGCGGUUGCUCGCCCACAGUGGCCUCCACCAGCCUCAGCAGCGACGAUGUACAACGAAGGCGCGAAACGCAACUGCGGCAGCAUUCGUUUUUCCAGCUGCGAAUCAAUCUCCUCAGCGGACACAAUCUGGUGGCGAUGGAUAAAAGCGGUACCAGUGACCCAUACGUUAAGUUUAAGGUAGGUGGUAGAUUGCUGUACAAAUCGAAAACCGUACACAAAGAUCUGAAUCCGGUGUGGGACGAGACGUUCGUCGUUCCCGUGGAGGACCCUUUUCAACCAAUCAACAUCAAAGUCUUCGACUACGAUUGGGGCCUGCAGGAUGAUUUCAUGGGUUCGGCGAAGCUGCAUCUAACCUCGCUGGAGCUGAACCGGGCGGAAGAGCUCACCAUCAAGCUGGAGGAUGCGCAACGGGCCACCAAGGAUCUCGGGGAAAUCAAGCUCAGUGUGACGCUGUGGCCCAAGACGCAGGAAGAUAAGGAGCAAUACUUUCAGCGUAAUCCCAAACUGGCCGACGCAUCCCGGCGGCUCAAGUCGCAGAUCUGGUCCUCCGUUGUGACGAUAGUGCUAAUCGAAGCCAAAGGACUCCCACCGGACGCCGAGAAUGUCCUGAACGAUGUGUACGUUAGAUUUAGGUUAGGCAAUGAGAAAUACAAAAGUAAAACAUCCUACCGGGCUCGGUGGUUGGAACAGUUCGACCUGCACCUGUUCGACGACGACCAACUGCUGGAGCUGAUAGUAUGCGGGAAGUACAAUACGUACGGCAAAUGCACAAUCGAUCUGCGAAAUCUUCCACGGGAACGCACUCACGGCAUGUGGCAUCCACUGGAGGAGUGCACCGGCGAGGUGCAGCUGAUGCUAACCAUCAGUGGGACGACCGCGUCCGAAACGAUAACGGACCUGACGUCAUACCGAGAGGAUCCCAAGGAGCGGACACAGCAGCAGAAACGAUACAUAUGGCACCGUUCACUGCAGAACCUGCGAGACGUGGGCCACCUGACGGUGAAGGUGUUCGGUGCGACCGGCCUCGCCGCGGCGGAUAUCGGAGGCAAGUCAGAUCCAUUCGUAGUGCUAGAGCUAAUCAACGCUAGAUUGCAAACCCAAACCGAGUAUAAAACGUUAACACCCAAUUGGAACAAAAUCUUCACUUUUAAUGUAAAAGACAUGUCAUCGGUGCUGGAUAUUACCGUCUUCGACGAGGACCGGGACCACAAGGUGGAGUUCCUAGGCCGGGUGAUGAUUCCACUGCUGCAAAUAAAAAACGGCGAGAAGCGGUGGUACGCACUGAAGGAUAAGAAAAUGUACUCCCGAGCGAAGGGAACGCACCCUCAGAUCCUUCUCGAGAUGACGGUCGCGUGGAGCAAGGUUCGCGCGGCGCUGCGAGUCCUCGAACCGAAGGAGGAAAAACUAGUGCAACAGGAGGCAAAAUUCAAACGUCAGCUGUUCCUGAGAAACGUAACCAGACUGAAAGCCGUGAUUAUGUAUUUUAUAGAAGUAGGACAAUUUGUUCAGAGUUGCUUCGAAUGGGAAUCGCCGGUGCGGUCGUUUAUAGCAUUGGUGUUAUGGAUCUGUGGAUGCAUCUGGUUCGAUAUUUCCGCCAUCCCAGCGGCGGUCCUUCUGUACUUGCUAAAAAACUGGCUGAUCCGGUGGCUGACGGGUUCAUCUUCGACAUCCACUGCGGACGAGUACGAUGUGGCCAGCGACGAUGAGGACGACGACGACAAGGAAAAGGAAGAAAAGAAGACGAUAAAGGAAAGACUGCAAGCGAUACAGGAAGUUUCCCAGAGCGUACAGAACACCAUCGGCUAUCUGGCAUCACUUGGUGAAAGCGUGAAGAACACCUUCAACUUCUCCGUCCCCGAGCUGAGCUGGCUGACGGCGUUUCUGCUGCUCAUCGUCUGCCUGGUGCUGCACUACGUCCCAAUCCGGGUGCUGCUGCUUCUCUGGGGCCUGGUCAAGUUCAGCCGCCGCAUCGUCCGACCACACAGUGUUCCCAACAACGAAGUGCUCGAUCUUCUGUCACGCGUUCCCGACGAUGAGGAAAUUAUCAUGUGGCGGGAGCUGCCACUCCACUCGACGCCCGAAAUGGCUCGGCGAGAUCCAAGGAAGAAACACAAAACCUCGUAAUGCUACCAAAUCACCCUGAAGCGGUACUUUAGGGAGAACCUGCGGAAGGCACUAAAUAUCAAAAAGGACAAUUAAAUGCGCUCCAAACGUAGAUGUAGGGGGUUCUCUCGGUAUCACUCGCGCUGAUUGUAAAUUUUUAGAUCUUAACUAAAAUCAUAACUUUUUCAAAUACUUCCAUCUUUAGACACUAGGAGUUAGAAUUGAGCGCACCAAAAACGAUCAAAUCGAACAAGGGAGGAGGAAACUUUUACCAUGAUUAACGAUUCUAGUCUCUUACUAGUAGUGGUGUAAUUGAGAUCGUUAAAGAACUACAAUUUGUUACGUUGUAUGAAUGAUUGCAGAAUUGUUUGUAUGAUUUGCAGAAUUUUUCCUCGACUAUCACUCUCUAAUUCUUACUAGCGCAGUAAGGUGUACACGUUUUCGCGUUCAAAACACGAUUUAUUCCAAAUGAAAUGAACCUUAACAAUCCAGUCUCUCCAAACUUUUACAAACCAAACCAACCAAUAAGUAUUUAGAUAGUUCUAUGUAAAUGCUAUUGUUAUUUGUAAACAAAACAAACAAUCGAUAUUUAGCAAGUAAUAAACCAUUUGUUAAUUAAAGAGAAA